AUGGCCCUCUGUAUACCUAAGCAGUGUGUCAGCUCUUCAGCAAAUAAGAGCCAGCUGCUGGGGGCCCCUGAGGGAUAUGCUCAGCCAAACAAAGAAACCAAGGCCCAGCAGAAGCGAGAGGGGAGAGCCCCCUUAUUUGGUAUUGGAAAGAAAGGGGAAGGAAAGGUUAUGCUCAAAUGCCUGCGGCAUUUAGUCAUCACAGCGGUCCAAUUGUUUGCUCAGAACACCAAAUGUCAGCUGUUUUAUACUCUCUCCUGCAAAAAGACAGAACAACGUGUGGCUAUCACACCAGGACUUUUUACUUCCACCCAGCUCACUGAUGUUCCUGAGGUGACCCAAGAACACAAGGCCUAUAGAAAUGAUAACCCAUGUGAAUGUCUCAGCCUUCCAGAAAGCUGUGGGAUCAAAACCACAAGUGAUAAUUAUGAUGUCUCACCACUGCCUUCCCCGUCAUCCCAAUAUGUCUCCAUAGUGGGAGAAAAACACCUGUUGGGGGUUCCUGUAGGCUUGUAUAUCCCUGCCCUGAGGUGUACAGCUCACUCUUUGGCAGACAGCCCUAACUCCUUGAGUGACCACUCCCAGGAAGAAAUCAAGCUUGAUGCAGAGGAGCCAUCCGCACUCAAUCGGAGCCUUCUGAGCGCCAUCCACUCUCUGCAGUUCAAGAUAGGCUGGGUGAUCCCUGGUCAGAGUAAGGGCACGGGCUCCAUCUUCCGCGCUCACGUGAAAGACAGGAGAGGAGCCGCCAAGCUCCGGGCUGUUUACUUCGCCGAGAGCCGUGGCUAUAUUAAGCGUAUCGUAAAGGACAUAAUCCAUGAUCCAGGCCGAAGGACUCCUCUUGCAAAAGUAGCUUUUCGAGAUCCUUACCGAUUUAAAAAAAGAAUAGACAUGUUCAUUGCUGCUGAAGGCAUCCAUACCGGCCAGUUUGUGUACUGUGAUAAGAAACAGCUCAAUCUCAGCAAUGUCCUCCCAGUUGGCACUAUGCCUGAAGGGACCAUCGUGUGCUGUCUUGAAGAAAAGCCUGGGGAUCGCGGUAAGCCUGCCCGAGCAUCUGGAAACUAUGCCACAGUGAUUUCCCACAAUCCAGAAACCAAGAAAACACGGGUGAAGCUACCUUCAGGCUCUAAAAAAGUCAUCUCCUCUGCGAACAGAGCUGUUGUUGGUGUUGUUGCUGGAGGAGGUCGUAUUGAUAAACCUAUCUUUAAGGCAGGUCGUGCUUACCACAAAUACAAGGCCAGGAGAAAGUGCUGGCCUCGCGUCCGGGGUGUGGCCAUGAAUCCUGUGGAACAUCCCUUCGGAGGAGGUCAUCGCCAGCAUACUGGAAAACCAUCCACCAUUCGAAGAAAUGCUCCAGCUGGACGAAAGGUCGAUCUCAUCGCUGCCUGUCGUACUGGUGGCCUCGGGGGCACAAAGACUGUACAGGAGAAGGAAAACUAA